UGAUUUUAAAACAGAAGAAACGCAUAAAUUAAAACUGGCUUUCAUAAAUCAACAAUUAAGCGGCUUUUUUUUGUAAGAUCAACCACAGGCAAAAAUGAAAACCAUGCAUUAAAUAUGUUCCACACAUGCGUAAAGUUAGUUUUUCAGUUUCUGUGUAUUAUUUUAUAAAAGAAAAUUGCACCAGCAUGACUUCGACAGAUCAGUUUAAUGCAACUUUUUUGGGUUUGGUAAACUUUGAAGGAAAAUAUCUCACAGCCGAAAAGUUUGGAAAUCAAAUUAAUGUUACUGGGACUUCUCUUCGAAGUAAACAAAUGUGGUGUUUCGAGCAGACUGAAACAAGUACAAAAGUCUAUUUAAAAAGUCCAAACUCGAACUAUUUAGAAACAACAAAAACGGGUGAUGCGUUGUGUGAGAGCAAAGAAAAGUCAAACAAUUUUAUUUUUGAUGUAGAUAUAAAUGAAGAAGGUCAAUGGACAUUCAAAGAUUGUUUUGGUAAAUAUCUUUGCGGAAAUUCUGAAAGACUUUAUACACAGCCUAAAGUUUUAGACGAAGCGUUGUGGAGUAUACAUAUUGCCAGUCAUCCUCAGUGUUGUAUUUUAAGCAUAAGUCGAAAGAGAUAUGUUGUAUCGGAAAAUGGAGAGUUGUGCGCGAAUGAAGAUGUUGCAUGGGGUCAAAAUGCAGUUAUUACCGUUGAGUAUCAAUGUGGGAAGUACGCCUUAAGAGAUUCUUCUGGUAAAUAUUUAAAUGGAAAUACAGGAAAGCUGGAUGAUAAAUUUUCAAAAGAUUCUUGGUUUACAAUACAUAUCUAUGGUAAUAUGUAUGGAUUGCGAUCUUCAAACGGAAAAUAUUUGACAACACACGGACCUAAUGGAAAACUAAUCGCUUCUAAACAAGUAGUUGGAAAAGAUGAGCAGUUUAUAUUUAACGAAAGCAAAGCGCAGUGUUUGUUAUUAGCUAACAAUGGAAAAAAACUGUCCAUAAGACAAGGAAUUGAUGUAACAGCUAACCAGUUUCUCGAACCAGAAGAUACAGAGACUUUCCAGAUAGAUUUCUGUAAUGGUGAAAUCGACAAGGUAACAUUUCUCGCAAGAACAGCCAAAUUUUGGAGAGCUUCUGAUAAAAGUAUUACAGCGACAGCAACAGAAAUAACAGUAAACAGUGUUUUUAAACUUGAAUGGAACAGCGAGAAAGUUGCCUUAAAGUCAUUUAAUGGAAAGUACUUAGUUUCCUCAUCAGGAGGUCAACUAUCACCGGUUGGUGAGAGUCCUAGUGACGUAAAUGCAUUGUUUACUCUAGUGCUUGUAAAUCGCCCAAUAAUUGUAUUUCGAGGAGAAAACGGUUAUAUUGGUAUGAUUUCUUCAACAAACAAGAUUCAAUGUAAUCGAGGUAUUCAUGAUGCUAUGCAAGUUCUUGAAUGUGCUGGAAAAUAUAGAUUAAAAACUGUUUUUGGAAAAUUUUGGAAGAUUGAUGCUGAUUUUUGUUUAAUUGCUGACGAAGGCAAUGGUGAUUUGUUUCAUUUUCAACUUUAUGGUAAAAACAAGAUGAUGAUUUGCGCUGAAAAUGGAAAGUUUUUGCAAGGAGACAAUAACGGAGUUAUUAAGGCUAUUGGUACUGCUGCAAUUUCAAGUACACUUUGGGAGUACUGAAAUUUGUCGAAGUUCUUUCAAAAAGGAAUUGUCUAUUUCAAAUACCAACAUCAAAACUUUUACAUUAAUCAAUUAAACUUAAUAAUAUGAACUCUAAACAAAAUUUCUUGUUUUAUAUUACAUAAAACCAAUACUUGGUUGAACUUUCUUAGAAAUAAAAUCAAUAUAUAUUAAGAUCUAAGUAAAAUCUAUCCUUUCAUAUUCAGAUGUGUUAUUAUUUUAAAAUUAUAUAUUGAAAUUGAUAAAUAAAACAUAAAGUAUAUUUUA